ACAUACACAAUAUACUUAGUUCGUCAACACGUCGGCCGAGCAUUAAGGACGAAAUGAAUCCAUUUCCUCCGCCGCCCCCGCUACCACUGCCACCGGUCUCCGCCUUUCCCCCGCCACCGCUACCACUGCCACCGGCCUCCGCCUUUCCCCUGCCAUCGCCACCACCUUACUUCCACCACCCUACUCCAACCAGUGCUCUGGCAUAUGAUCUUCCUGGUGCUCUCUCAUCCCUUACAUCUCUCCUCAACCUCUCUUCAACUACUCUCAACUCUCUCUCCUCUCUUCUUCCUAUACCCCUUGUUCCUCCCUCUCCUUCUCCAGCUCUAAUCCCAUGCCCUUUCAAUCCCAACCAUCGUCUUCCCCUUUCUUCCCUCUUCUCUCACUCUCUUCAUUGCCCACCCAUUUCCUCUUCAUCCGCCGAUUACAUUCAAACCCUAAUACAACACCUCAAAUACCCCCAUACCCUUCACUCAUCCAAUCCCUUUACCUUACCCUUGCUUGAAUCACAGUCUGACCUUUGCUUCUCUCUUGAAACAUACCUCGAUUUUGAAAAUCCCACUUUCUGUUAUUCUAAUUGUCCUGGUGUUGUUUCUUUUCCUAUUAGGGGAGAAAAUGCCAAUCCUCCAAUGCUCACUUUGCUUGCUGUUUUAUCUUCCGAAUGUGCUAAUUUUGGUCAAAAUUUGAUGGGGUUUCCGAAAGAAAUUGUUAGUCAGCUUCUUCCUUCGGAGGUUUAUGCAAUUAGGAAUGAAACGGAUCAUUGGAAUGAGUUUCCUUUUAUGUAUUCAUAUCGUGUUCUUCGUGCGAUUUUAGGAUUAGGGAUGAGUAGUGUGGAGUGUUUAUCUACGUGGGUAGUUGCUAAUUCAGCUAGGUAUUAUAGUGUUGUACUUGAUUUAGCAAUGAGGGAUCAUAUACUUGUACUGUUUAAGCUUUGUUUGAAGGCUAUAGUUAGGGAAUCUAAUGAUUUAGCUAGUACAUUUUGCAAUGGAGAAGCUGAGGAAUCAGUUUUGAGUAAUCGGAGUUUUAAGUGUCCUGUCUUAGUUCAAGUCUUCGUGUGGUUGGGAACCCAGCUUUCUGUAUUAUAUGGAGAAAUGAAUGGGAAGUUGUUUGCGAUCAACAUGCUAAAGCAAUGUAUCUGUGACUGUGCAUUUAGUUCUUGUAUGUUCAAUGAAUCUACUGAUAUGAAAAGUGGGGAUGACAAUCUUCAAGAGCCACAGGAAAGUGGUGAACCACUUAAAAGAAGAAUGGAGAAUGAGGGAACAAAUGUAAUGGAUGAAACACUCUCUAAAAGCGCAAUUUUUGUUUCCCAAGUAGCAGCAGCUGUUGCAGCAUUGUAUGAACGAUCCAUGCUUGAAGAAAAGCUCAAAGCACUAAGGAGUUUACCAUCACUUCCAGCUUACCAACGAUCGAUGGAGCACACUUAUAUUUCAAAUAAAGCAGAUGAGGAACGGCAAAAACGCCCUAAUUACAAACCCCUGCUUGAACAUGAUGGACUUCUGUGGCAGCGUUCGCGAAAUAAUCAGGACACAGAUAGGACAAAGACUAGAGAGGAAUUAUUAGCUGAGGAAAGGGAUUACAAACGUAGAAGAAUGUCGUAUCGCGGGAAAAAGUUGAAGCGGUCAACAACACAGGUUAUGAGGGACAUAAUUGAGGAAUACAUGGAGGAAAUCAGGCAAGCAGAUCCCAUCAAUUGCCCAACAAAAGGAGCUGAAGGGACCAAAUUUCCGCCGUCCGCAUCCUACAGGGUGGAUAAUAAUAAUUAUAAGGAUAAAGCUGAGUCUGGAAAGAGGCAGCCAGAUUCGUCUGCUUUAAGCAAAGUAAGGGAGGGUGGUUAUAGGGAAGAGUUUCAUACUGAUGGAGAAGUCAAUUCAACAGAUUGCAAAGAUGAUUAUUCUGAAAAUAUGGAAAAAGCAUCUCAGUGGCAUCAUCGACAUUUAGUGGCCCAGAGAAGUAAUGGGAGGUCCAGACAGGACAAAAAAGAUUACUCUAGAAGCCCAAAUCAGCGAGUUGGUCGUGCAUAUUCACGUGAGAAAUCGAUCAGCAAAGAGAAGAGAGACUAUUCAAAUGAUUCUAGAUUAAAUUUUUCCAGAAGGUACCACAAAUCAAUUGAGGAGAGUAGUCCACAUAGGGAGAGAGGUGAUCGUCAUUUUGACUUCAAGAAACGGAAGGCAAGGGAUGCUUCUGAUGAUUUUGAAGACCGAUAUGAUCCUUCAGGACCUUAGAAAAACUGUGACAAAAUGUCCCACUAUUGCAGCUAAUUCUCUUUUUGUCAGGUUAAUCUGGCUAUGUGUUGAUAUUGGAAUGGCAUCUAAAUCAGAAUUUAUUAUGAUUGGUCUCAUCAGAAAAGAAUUUCCUGUGACUGGUGCCUUUUGUGGUCUACCGGUCAAAUUGGCUAGGUAAAGCAGCUAUGGGUUUGACUAACCUAAAUACUUAAAUUUAUUUUGCUUUUUCAGGAAAGACUGAAUUCAUAUUGCUGGUUGAUUUUUUCCUUAAAACCUUGCAGUAGGAAGUCAUGCAGGUGUCCGCAGUUUAUGCACUUCUGUAUCCUUCCAUGUAUCCUUUAUAUUGAUUUUUCUUGGCAUUGUCUUAAGAUUUAUUGUUCUCCGCCUUUUUUCCCUAUCCAAAGAAAUAAUUUGCAAGUGGCGUAGGGUAUGGCUAAAACCUCAGUGAUAAUGUUCUUCAUGUGCACAUCAUAUAUAUAGUAAGUUGUUCUUUACCGUAGUGCUGGGUAUAACUUGACCUGAAAUGUAAACAUUUGUUGCUGAGUUCCUUUUUAUUGUUGGAACAGAUAUUGUUGCACAGAUCUAAUGCUAAAUCCUUUUGGUUUGUUGGUUGUGCUUCAAUGUACAAGUGUAAACACAAGUUAUUAAAGUAAGAUUUGCUUAGUUACAUUCUUGGUUCACUGUUGGGUGAAGUAUCUGGUUCUAAGGGACUCAAAACUUAAUUAGCUUUAGGCAUGUUGAAGGCGACAUUCCAGUUAUGAGAUUUGCUUGUAUAACUGUACAUUACUAUACAGGAAUAGUGUGUAGUAUUAUGGUAGCAAUAGUUUUUCACUUACAUAUAGGUAGUAUCAUGUAUGUUAGUCAUAUUACAGAGGACAUACCUGGUAGAAGAGUGCUUGAUGCAGCUUCAGGUGUUGGCCUUUUGAGUUGCAAUCUAAUUGUUUCUGUACUUCCCACAGCGGAUAUUGAAAGUGGGCAGCUCAUCUGCACUCAGAAGGUGCAAGAGCCACACCAAAAGAUUGGAUUCCUGUAGUAGUAGUCAAUAAUAAUAGAGCUGAAUCCUUGAGCACUUUAAGCACAUCUCCAAUCAGUUUGAUUGUUUUAGACAAGUCUUAUAGGGAUUCUUAAGGUGGCAACUAUAACAAAAUCUUGAUGCCUAGAGGUACCUGAAUUGUGCCAGUUAGGAGAAACUUGUUAUUUUGCUAAAGGAAUUUAUUUCUCCCCGUGAAUGAGAAAGUAUCUGAUGAUGAGCUUCUAGACUGACAUGAAAGGUCAUAUACAAGAUAAAACAAAAUUUUAUUUUAGAAAGUUAAACUUAGUAUACAUGCUAGGUUCACAUCUGGAUAAGGUAUCAAGUUCUUGGUCCCUCCGUUGACUCCGCAUAUGCAUGUUGAAGAUGACAUUUGAUAUUAUACAGGAAUAAGACAUUAGUUUUAUGGUAGCAAUCUUUAACUAAAUGCAUAUUGGUAAGUAUCAUCAUGUGCAUUAGAUAUAUUGCAGAACAUAUACAGUUGAUGCUGCUUCAGGUGUUCAAUUUUUCAGUUUGCAGUCUAAUUGUUUUUGUGGUUUUAAUUGCAGACUUAGAAAGUGAGGCAGGUCACAAUAAAGAUGUCCAUACAAAUACCCAUGUGAAGCAUUAGGAUCUUGACGGUCUCCUAAUUAGGCAACUAGUGUUGUAUACUUUUAAUGCCUUUAUAUACACUGAAUUGCUUUGAUAUGUAUCUACAAAGUUUGUGCUGACCUACAUACAAUAUUGAAUAUACUAUGAAUAUGGUGAUAACUGGUA